AUGUACAAUGCAGAAGCAUUUAGUCAUUUUGCUAGUCUACUAGGAAAACCAUUGUAUAUGGACACAAUCACGGAAGAAAGAGAACACAUCACAUAUGCUAGGAUAAACAUUGAAUUGCACCCUAAAAGUACUCUACCAGCAAAAAUGACAGUUAUUGACAGAAGAGUAACCUGUAUAACAUGGCAAUUCAUAUACCAUGUGUCUGGGACAACAAAGAGUUCAAGGGGUUUGAAGCACCAGGACACUGUUCAAACCAUUGUUCAAACCAUAGAGGGUGAUGAUGUGAUUGAUUGUGUUAACAUUAAUAAUCAACUUGCAUCCAACCAUCGUCCUAUAGAUGAUAAUACUAAAGAUUUAGAGACGGAACGUAGCUCUUACCCCGUUGAAAUCAAAAUGGAGUCAACAUCCAAUGGAGAAAUAUCUCAAGGAUGGCAAAAAUACGGAAAAUGCCCAGAAGGAACUGUUCCCAUUAGAAGGAGUACAAAUUCUAUCACUCGUAAACACCCUUCGCCUCAUUUCAAUAGUAGCUUAUUUCUAGGCAUUGACGGACAGGUGCACGAGUAUGCUGUAGUCCAAAAUUAUGGUCGCUUAUUUGGAGCAAGUGCAACGUUUACGGUAUGGAAACCUGAAGUCGAACAUAAUGAAUUUAGUCUAGCUCAAAUAUGGAUUAGUUCGGGAGAUGAUGAAAACAUGAAUACCAUUGAAGUCGGAUGGAUAGUUUCUCCAAGAAGAUAUGGUGAUGAUCAACCAAGAUUAUUCACAUUUUGGACAAGAGAUGGUUACAAUACUACAGGUUUUUAUGACCAUGAUUGCGCUGGAUUUGUACAAAUUAAUUUCAGCAUUCAACUUGGUCAACCCAUUUUUCCUUCCACUCUUGGAGGGCAAUUAACUUUCCUAACAAUUAUGGUCUACAAGGAUGAUGCUGAGCAUGGACACUGGUGGCUAGAUGUAAAUGGUAUUCUCAUAGGAUAUUUUCCUAAGAAUCUCUUCACUUCAUUGAGUGAAUAUGCUGAUAGAGUGGAUUUUGGUGGAGAGAUUCUUAAUAAAGAAAAUGAAGGUCACCACACAACUACUCAAAUGGGAAAUGGACUAUAUGCCCAUGAAAAUGGAACAAGUACUGUAUCUGAAAUUAAAGUUUAUGACCAAUACAGAAAUCCAGUUGAAGAAUUGCAUGAAGUUUUUAUGACAGCUAGUCCAUGUUAUGGUGCACUUGUUUUUGGUAAUUCUAUAUUUUACGGAGGAACUGGUUAUUCUGCAAUCUGUCCUUAA